CCAUGGUGCUACUGGUAAGAACAGAGAUGCUAUUUUGGGCAGUGUGUAUGGACUUGGCUUAAGGGGCAUGAGCCAAACCCCUGCCCUACUGACCUCUCCCCUGGAGAAGCACAACAGAACUCACAGCCACCCCCAGGGAGGGCCCAGAGGCAGGCUCUAAGUGAGGACUCGGAGACCGCAGAGCUACAGUUCAGUUGCAGCUUGAGUCUGCAACUGAACUGAUGGAGAAACAGAAUCAAGACCGGCUGUGAGACCGAGGCUGAAAGACACAGAGCACUUCAGAGAGUGAGCGAGUGAGCGGGGCUGCAGACCUACUUCAUAAGACCAGCAACUCGACGCCGGGUGAAAAUAACCAUCUCCGCACUGCACCUCCACCCUCUCUCGUCUUCCUGUGGUCUCAGCUCAGACAGGGGUCCCCCUCUCCUCUGCUCCAGCCAGAAGUCAAGGGUCCAUCCACAACUCCACAAUGGCCCCCAGGUCUGUGCUGGAGACCAUACAAUCAGUGCUACAGAGGAACAUGGUGCGAGAGUUUCUGGCAGAGUUCCUGAGUACCUAUGUCAUGAUGGUGUUUGGCCUUGGUUCCGUGGCUCACAUGGUUCUAGGAGAAAACUCUGGCAGCUAUCUCGGUGUCAACUUGGGUUUUGGCUUCGGAGUGACCAUGGGAGUCCAUGUAGCAGGCGGCAUCUCUGGGGCCCACAUGAACGCGGCGGUGACUUUCACCAAUUGUGCACUAGGCCGAAUGUCCUGGAAGAAGUUCCCUGUAUAUGUGCUGGGUCAGUUCCUGGGCUCCUUCUCAGCUGCAGCUACCACCUACUUAAUUUUCUAUGGUGCCAUUAACCACUUUGCAGGCGGAGACCUGUUGGUGACAGGUUCCAAGGCCACUGCAAACAUUUUUGCCACCUAUCUUCCUGAAUACAUGACACUGUGGCGGGGCUUCCUGGAUGAGGCAUUCGUGACUGGGAUGCUGCAGCUGUGUCUCUUCGCCAUCACGGACAAGAAGAACAGUCCAGCACUUCAAGGGACCGAGCCCCUCGUGAUAGGCAUCCUUGUUACCGUCCUUGGGGUGUCGCUAGGCAUGAACUCCGGAUAUGCAAUCAACCCAUCCCGUGACCUGCCUCCCCGGUUGUUCACUUUCAUUGCUGGCUGGGGCAAACAAGUGUUCAGAGCCGGAAACAACUGGUGGUGGGUGCCGGUGGUGGCACCCCUUCUGGGCGCCUACCUAGGUGGCAUUGUAUACCUGGGCUUAAUUCACCCCAGCAUACCACAGGAUCCUCAGAGACUGGAGAAUUUUACAGCAAGAGACCAGAAGGUAACUGCAUCAUGCAAGAAUGCAGCUUCUGCAAACACAAGUGGCUCUGUGCCUCUAGAGCACUUAUAAGUAGAGCUUAUCUUUGACCACAACCGUACUGCAAUAAAGCACACCUCCUAUCAGUGGUCCCCCACUCCUUGGGAUCUCCUGCAGCUGAACUCCCUCCUAAGUUUUUCUGGGAGUUUCUGAGUUAUUCCAGCCUGGUACUUGUUGUGUAGAGCAGGCUGGCCUUGAACUUGUGAUCUUGCCUCUUUCUCCUGAGUGUUGGGGAUACAGGCAUUUACUGCCCUGCUUGGCAUAUUCCAGGGUGAUUCUGGGCUCUUUUCUGAGUACUAGAGCAUAGAGUCAGAAGACUCCAGCUCUUUCCAGUUCUAGGAGGUGGGGUGUCAAGGGGAAAUGUCUACUUUGGGGGCUCAGGGUGAGUGAUAUAAAGGGCUUUUGUGCAUCAGUAUGUGUGUUGGGGGAACAGUGAGAAAAAGACCGGAGGUAGCUGAUGGGGGAUCAGAUUUGGGGGUCUUUGACAGUUUUCUGGACCAGGGUCUCCUGGCUUCUCCCUUCCUCUAGUUUUGAGCCAGAGAAGGUAAGGCUAAGAGUUUACAUCAGAAUUCCUCAACUUUUUUUUUUUUUUGUUAAUGUCUUCCUCAGUGGCCUUGUAGUUCUCCACCCCUGUUUUUCUUAAAAUUAUGUAGCCCAGGCUAGCCUUGACUGGAAACUCUAUAUAACUAAGUUUAGCCAUGAACUCUUGAUUGUCUGGCCUCCACCUCCUGAGUUCUGGAUUAUGGUGUGUACCACCAUUCCCAGUUUAUAUGUGGUGCUGGGAUCAAACC